CUGCUUUCUGUCUGUGAAGAUGCGGUCGAUAUUGGCGUAUUUGUGUGUUAUUCAACUGGCUUCCUCGUUGUCGUCGGACUCUCUCAUAGGUGUUUUGCCACCAGUAAUUCGAGAUUCACCUGCGAUGCAGACGGAAAAGGACGUGCUUCCUCUGAUGAGUUUGUUGGGCUUCUGAGCGCAUUCAAAAAAAUGUCAGGAGGUGGACUGCAAACGCCACGUCGAACUCGCAAAAUCUCCCAAACGCAGGAAUAUUGCAGCAACAACAGAGAUUACUAUCUUUCUUACUGCAUGGGCAUGCUGGUAGAUCGUGACGAAGCAACACGAGACUUUUUAUUUCGUUUUUGUCCGUGGUACGAGAACAAAUGCCUCCACAAUGACCGGUAG